UAAAGCGGGUGAGAUAGUUGAUUAAUCGGAAUUCGGAUUUUCCAAAAUCAAAAUUUGGUAGAUUCAAUUUGUCAUCGGAAUUUCACACUGUUUCCGAUUAGAAUUUCUCCGAAUACUGUUUUCUACUGAGCUACCCAAUCGGAAUUUCACACUGCUCAAAUCAAUCCACAAAUCCCCUUUUUCCAAACCCGCACACACCACAUGUUCGAUCAAAUGCCUAUGAGAAACCGUCGCACUAAUUGCUUCCGAUUUUGAUAGAUGGAGAGCUUAAUCUGCUUCACGUCUCCAUAUCCCUUCCACCGCAGCAACAGAUUCUCUCCCGUAGCAGCAUUCGCAUCCGCCAAAAAACCCAACCACCGCAAAAGGCUGCAGCUUCCCAAGAAUCUCCGCCACCGCCGCCACACCGAGGCUCCGCCCGACUUCCACCCUGUGAUUCACAAAGUUGAGGAUUCCGAUUGUGAGGAAAUCGAUACAAUUGAUGGCGACGAUGGAGAUGUAUCGUGGGAAUCGGAUGAACUCGAGGCCAUUUCAUCCCUUUUCCAAGGGAGAGUUCCUCAGAAGCCCGGGAAUUUGAGCCGGCAACGGCCUCUUCCGCUUCCGAUUCCUCACAAGAUCCGGCCUUUGGGAGUUCCCACUUCCAAGAAACUGAUCAGGACUCAUGUUGCUGUGUCGAGGCAGCCAGUGUCGAAUCAGAUUUACAAGAAUCCGGCUUUCUUGAUCAGCUUAGCUAGGGAGAUCAAGAGCCUCCAAUCUGAUGAGAAUGUGUCCUUAGUUCUCAACCAAUGGAGCCGGCUUCUCCGGAAAGGAUCGCUGUCGUUGACGGUGAGGGAGCUCGGGCAUAUGGGGCUCCCGAACCGCGCGUUGCACGUGCUCUGCUGGGCUCAAAACCAGCCGCAUUUGUUCCCCGAUGACCGGAUCCUUGCUUCCACGGUUGAGGUCAUGGCGAGGGCGCACGACUUGAAGAUGCCGUUCGAGCUGGACAGCUUCCUCAACUUAUCCAGCCAGAGCGUGUACGAGGCGGUCGUGAGGGGGCUCGUGAGAGGAGGCAACACGCGCCUCGCGUGCAGGCUUCUCUCGGCUGCUGAGAGUCGUAAAAGAGUGCUGAGCCCGAGCGUGUACGCGAAAGUGAUUCUUGAACUUGGGAAGUGCCCGGAUAAGAGGGCGCUCGCGCUGCCGCUGCUGGAGGAGCUGGCGAAGAGGGACGAUCUCGCGCUGAGCCAGCAGGACUGCACGGCCAUCAUGAAGGUCUGCGCGAGGCUGGGGAAGUUCGACGUCGUGGAGGCGCUGUACGAGUGGGCGAGGAGCUCGGGUAGGAUCGUCCCCGGGGUGGUGAUGUACACGGCUCUGAUCCACAGCCGGUUUCUCGAGGGGAGGUACAGGGAUGCGAUGGCGGUUGUGUGGGAAAUGGAGGCUUCGAAUUGCCCGGUUGAUCUCCCGGCGUAUCGCGUGCUGCUGAGGCUUUUCGUUGCCUCGGGCGACGUGUCGAGGGCCGGGAGGUAUUUUGCCAAGAUGAAGGAAUGUGGUUUUACUCCAACUUAUGAUAUUUACAGGGGAGUGAUUGGGGUGUUUAUGGCUGAUGGAAGGCUUGCAAAGUGUAAGGAAAUAUGCCAUGAGGCUGAGAUGAAUGGAUUCAAGAUAGAUCUUGACAAAUUGAUGUAGUUUUUGGUGAUAUGUGAAUUUGAUUUAUAUUAAUGAAAAUUUAUGGUGUGAUUUUUUUGGA